GAAAGAUGAUAAAGAUUAUGCUUUAAAGCAAAUAGAAGGUACUGGAAUUUCUAUGUCUGCAUGCAGAGAAAUAGCAUUGCUGCGGGAGCUCAAGCAUCCAAAUGUCAUUUCUCUGCAAAAGGUGUUUCUUUCCCACGCUGACAGGAAAGUGUGGCUUCUCUUUGACUACGCUGAGCAUGACCUCUGGCAUAUAAUCAAGUUUCACAGGGCUUCUAAAGCAAACAAGAAACCAGUUCAGUUACCUCGGGGAAUGGUGAAGUCACUGUUAUAUCAGAUCCUAGAUGGUAUUCACUACCUGCAUGCUAACUGGGUGUUACACAGGGAUUUG